AUGGAGAACUUCAAAACCGUGAAUUUUCACGUUGCGUCUGAUAAUAAAAAAUCAAUUGUCGCCCGGAACUUCGAACAAUGCUUCGAGGCUUUUGUGCACGGCGUCGCGCGCAAAUGCGAGCGAACCGUUGUGUCGAGAACUUACGCGUCUCGUUAUUUGGGAGACGAGUCCUUUAUCGAAUUCGACAACGACGCGGUUCGUCGGGUCGUCGGGCCGAAACGGCCGUCGAUUUGGAAGAUUGCGUCUGAUUGCGACGCGAUCGGUUCCCGUCGCGACGCUACCUCGGCGACCGCCGAGAGAAUCGGAAGAAACAAAAAAAGCGCCUUCUACGGCGAGAACACGUGGAAUGUGCACGUGAUUCUCGCGCGAGAUAUUCGCUUCCUCGAUCGGAUCUCGAAGGACGACUCUACGUGGAUGCGUCCGCACGAUCGUUUUAUCGUGCUGAUUUCUCGUCAAGACGAAGAUCGGCCGCGCGAUUCGGAUUCGACGACGAUCGACGACGUUCUGCGAACAUUGUGGCGCAAACGCAACGUCCAAAGCGUCUUCGCCGCCGAGAUGACCCCGAACGACACGAUGACUCGAAUCGUUCGCACUUACAAUCCGUUUGUGAAAGUUAACGAUUCCGGAUGGGGUAAGAUCGAGGUAAUAAACGUGAGAACGGCGAUGGAAGCGUCGAACGUGCUGUCGCAUCUCAAGUAUCGGCGAACGAGAAAUCUGAAUCGGUACGAGUUGAAAGUGAGCAUGUUCAAGGAAGGCGAAACGGUCAACAAAACGAAGACCGUCACGCGUUACGAAUCCGAUUCCGACAUCUUCAAAGGAUUUGACGACAUUUUGUUAGAAGCAAUAGCUGUCUCCACGAAUUUCAAAGCGAACUUCAUAGAUCCGACGGAUAAUCAGACGUUCGGCUAUCAGUUACCUAAUGGGACUUACACCGGCGCCUUGGGCGACGUGAUUUACGGUCGAACGGACGUGUGCGCCGAGUCCUUUUUCGUCAAAAAAUACAGCAGCUCCGACCACGAAGACGUCGAGUUCAGCACGUACGUGGAUUUCGACCGGGUGUGCGUGUUCGUUCCGAAGGCGUUCAAAAUACCGAAGGGGUUGCGAAUGUAUCAUUUCUUCCCGUUAUCAAUUUGGAUCUUGACGUUGGCGAUUUACGUCCUCACGGUUGUGACGUGGUAUUUUCUACAAGUUCUCACCCCGGGCAGCAGGUCCAGAACGAGGAACGUCAGCUUUUGCAAAACGUUCUAUCGAUUGCUCAUGCUGAACAUCUGUCCCCAGAAGUUGCCCGAGUCAAACGCCGAGAGGAUAUUGCUCUCGGUUGUUCUGCUCGCCAACGUGACCAUGGUCGGAAUCUUCGGUGGUAUUUUGUACGACAGUUUCGCGCGCGACAUGUAUUAUCGUGAUAUCAACGAUCUCGAGGAACUCGAUUCCUCGGGGUUGCCGUUAACGCUGACCUCGUUCAGUCUGAACGAUCUCUUCGGUCCGGAAAACAACACCGAUUUGCCGAGGACGAUGCGAAAUCUGCGAAAGAAAAUGAUAUACGGUUUGAAUUCGCUGCAACGAGCGGCUUAUUAUCGCAACGUCUCGGGAUUCGUGAGGGAAAGCCAUUAUCCUAUUCUCAGAGAGAAAUACGUCGACGAGAGCGGCGACCGGUUGAUUCAUCUCGUCAAUGAAUGUCCAGGUGGAUACUAUUUGGCGUAUCUGUUGCCGAGAGAUUCGAUUUUGCGCGAGAGAAUAAACACGGUGAUCGGCCGAUUGGAUCAAGCCGGUCUACUCACGCUGUGGAAGAACAAGUAUCACACUUUGCACAUCUUAAGGACACGCGCGUUGGCAAAGAAGAAAAUCAAACGGACGAAAAUCGAACAGGACCGUUUCGUGCCGUUUGAUUUAUCCGACGUGCAAUUGUCCUUCUACAUGCUACUGAUAGGACUGUCGAUAUCCACGGUUGUAUUUUUUCACGAGAAGGGUUGGAUAAAAUUACCGUUGCUGUGA